AUGUCUUCUCCGGUCAUUGGUAUCUCAUUCGGGAACACUUCUUCCUCUAUUGCUUACAUUAACCCAAAAAAUGAUGUCGAUGUCAUCGCUAACCCAGAUGGUGAACGUGCCAUCCCAUCUGUUCUAUCAUACGUCGGUGAAGACGAAUACCAUGGUGGUCAAGCUUUACAACAACUAGUUAGAAACCCAACAAACACCAUCAUUAACUUCCGUGAUUUCAUUGGUUUACCAUUCGAUCAAUGUGAUAUUUCCAGAUGUGCUAACAGUGCACCAGCUGUGGAAAUCGACGGUAAAGUUGGUUUCGUUAUUGCUAAGGGUGAAGGUAAAGAAGAAAAACUAACCGUUGAUGAAGUUGUUUCUAGACAUUUAAAUAGACUAAAGUUAGCUGCUGAAGAUUAUAUCGGUCAAAAAGUUAACCAAGCUGUCUUAACGGUUCCAACCAAUUUCACUACUGAACAAAAGGACGCAUUAUCCACUGCUGCCGAUAAAGUCGGGUUGAAGAUUGUUCAAUUCAUUAAUGAACCAUCUGCUGCCUUAUUAGCACACAUUGAACAAUUCCCAUCCGAAAAAGAUUGUAACGUUGUUGUUGCUGAUUUUGGUGGUGUUAGAUCAGAUGCUGCUGUUUUUGCUAUUCGUGGUGGUAUUUUCACCAUCUUGGCUACUGCCCAUGAUAACACCUUAGGUGGUGACAAUUUGGAUGCUGAGUUGAUUGAAUACUUUGCAAAGGAUUUCCAAACGAAGACUAAAACUAACCCAAGAAAAAAUGCUAGAUCAUUAGCUAAAUUAAGAAUUAAUUCUAUUGUCACCAAAAAGACGUUAUCUAACGCUACUACUGCCACCAUUUCUAUUGAUUCAUUAGCUGACGGUUUCGAUUACCAUACAUCUAUUAACAGAAUGAGAUAUGAAUUAGUCGCCAGUAAAGUUUUCGGUAAAUUUGGUGAAUUCAUCAACUCCACUAUCAAGAAGGCUAACUUAGAUCCAUUAGAUAUUGACGCUGUCCUAUUGGCCGGUGGUGUUUCAUUUUCUCCAAAAUUAGCCACUAACUUAGAAUAUACUUUACCUGAAUCUGUUGAAAUUUUAGGUCCAAGCAAUGCUAAUGCAUCCAACUAUCCAAAUGAAUUAGCUGCUUCUGGUGCUGCCUUACAAGCUAGAUUAGUUGCCGACUAUGAUGAAGAUGAAUUGAAGGAAGCUUUACAACCAAUUAUUGUUAACACUUUACAUUUACAAAAACCAAUUGGUUUAGUUGACAGUGAAGGUAACUUUGUUCCAAUCCUAUUGGCUGAAACUUCUUAUCCAGUUCAAAAGAAAAUAACUUUGAAGAAGGCCUCUGGUGAUCUAUUGAUCGGUGUUUACGAAGGUGACUCCACUAUUGAAGAAAGAACUGUUGAUCCAGCAGAAAAGAAAGCCAAUGAAGAAGCCGAUGAAGAUGAAAGUGAAUGGUCCGAUGAAGAUGAUGAACCAGAAGUUAUUAGAGAAAAGAAAUACACCCUAUCUACCAAAUUGAUGGAAUUAGGUAUCAAGGGUGUCAAAAGUGGUUUAGAACUUGUUUUCAAUAUUAACAAAGAUGGUAAAUUGACUGUUAGUGCAAGAGAUUUAAAGACUAACCAAGUUGUUAAGGGCGAAUUAUAA